AUGGGCCCCCAAAAGGCCGCCCCGCGCUGGCGGGAAGAGGCGCGCCGAGCCAUCGGUGACGUCCUGGCGAGCUCAUGGGCCCCCAAAAGGUCGCACCGACCCGUGGCUCCGCCGUCGGCUCCGCCGCGAGCGGCGACGGUGAGGCCGACGGUGCUCGCCUAUACCGGCUAG